UAGGCUCUGACAGCAGACAGCAAUGUCAGCACUGUCUUUUGAGUCUCUCUGCUUAAGAGAUGAUGAUUUUCCAUCCCCAACUCAACCCCAGUACACAGAGGAUGAGUUUGACACCGACUUGGAGUCGGAUGAAAAAGAGGAGAGCAACAAGCAGAUGUCAAUAUCUGAACUGUACCUCCAGGCCUGCAAGCUGGUGGGCGUGGUGCCAGUCUCCUACUUUGUACGUAACCUUGACUCUACAACCAUGACCCUCAACCACCAUGGGCUAGGACCUUUGGGAUGUAAGGCACUUGCUAUUGCUUUAGUGUCUGAUAUGCAUAUCAACACUUUGGAACUGGCUGACAGUGACAUUCAGGCUGAGGGAGCCAAAUACCUUGUGGAGAUGUUGAGGGCUAAUUUCACCAUUCAGCACCUGAAUGUGUCCAACAACGAUCUUCAGUCUGCAGGAGCUGAGUAUGUGGCUAAAAUGUUGCUGGACAAUAUUUCAUUAAAAUCUAUUAAACUUUCAGGAAAUGGAUUUACUGAUGAUGAUGCUAGAUAUUUUGCAGAUGCCUUGUCGACCAAUUCCAGAAUAAAGGAACUAGACCUGAGCCAUAAUGAGUUUUGUGGAAAAGGAGGGGAACAUUUGGGACAGCUGCUGGCAAACAAUGAGGGUCUUGAAGUGCUGGAUCUUAGCUGGAACCAUCUUAGAAUGAAAGGGGCUGUGGCUUUUUCUGCUGGACUUAAGGUGAAUAUGAUGUUAAAAUACCUCGACUUAUCAUGGAACGGUUUUGGGAAUGAGGGUGCCCUGGCCAUGGGAGAGGCCCUCAAAUUCAACAACACUCUGGUGCACCUCAACCUCAACAACAACCGCCUCACCAAUGAGGGUGUCGGCAUGCUGUGCAAGGGUCUUGAAUUCAAUGAUACGCUCAGAGUCCUACUGCUGGCUUACAACUCUUUAACAGUAGAGGGAGCACUGGCCCUGGUUAAUGUGGUGAAGAACACACCUAAAACUGCCUUGGAGGAGAUCAACAUAUGUAACGUGCUGGUAAAUGAGAAUUUUGUGCACCUGUUGGAAGUGACAUGUCAGGAGCAUCCUAGUCUGGAUGUACAGUAUGGAGGUGUAGGAGGCUUCAUCUCUAAGAAGCCACCAAAACGUGUUGAUCCAAUGAAAGUCAUCCAGGAUUAUUUGGAUCAACGCAAGCUACGCCUGUGGGAUUUCUUUCGGAACAUUGACAAAGAUGGCACCAUGCGAGUCCCUGUUGCUGACUUCAGGAAGGCAGUGCAGCAAUCAAGUAUUCCGUUGGAGCGAUACCAGAUUGAGGAGCUCAUUCAGAGACUUGAUCGUGACAGGACAGGAAUGGUAGACUACAGGGGACUGGCAGAUACAAGGAAGCAGAUGAUGAGGGAUCACCGCCGCCAGCUGAGGAAGGUUGAGUCCCGUCAGAAGAAAGAGAAGCAGAAGAGUGACCGCAUCCUCAAGACCUUUCAGAGUGCCGUGGAGGCGGUAACACCACGUAGCUCCAUGGUCAUAUCUCCAGGAGGUGCCAAAGAUGAUUCAAGUGGCCCUCAACACUUCUCUGCCACCCCCCUUAGUUCUUGGCACCACAUUGUCAUGUCCAACAGCAGUCGCUAUUCAGUCACUAAUCUGAGCAAUGAGCAUGUCCACCUGCCUAUGUUAGGAGGCACCACACCUUACCGCCCCACCAGUUCCCCAGCUAUACGCUCCUACUCCCAGCCAAACCUUUUGGAUGACUCCCCUCGCUCUGCCCCAGACAAGUCUGUCUCUGCCCAGGGUAUACGUUCCGAUCCAGAGAUGGGCCACAGCAAACUAAGCCCCACUGCUAACCACCUGACCAGGUCCAGGCCUGCUCUUAAUGGCAAGCAGCCCAAGGUUAAAGCCAAAACCAAGAAAGUGAAGAAAAAGAAAACUACAAAACGUGUAAAUAAAGGCUCAAAGAAUUCUACACAAGCUGUCAAGUGACUGUCAGACUCUGUAUAUUGUUA